GAGGAGCCACAGCACAGGUGGAGCAGGUGAGGAGCCUAGGCUCCCGCGUGUCCGGGAGGAGGGGAAGUGAUUGCAAGCUGGCGAACGGAGGUUAGAGCACUGUUGGCCCCAGGAUCCAGCUCUGGAAAGCUGGGAUUGGGGUGCUGCCUCGGAGGACCACCAUGGAAGAGGAAGGGGUAAGAAACUUCAAGGAACUCCGAGCCAAAUUUCAAAAGUUCGAAGACCCACCUCUUCCAGGUCCUAUUAAGUUCUCAGCUGGUGUUUCCCAGAAGGAUGGCAGGGGCCACACACAGCCAACUCAGAGUCCGGUUAACAGGAAGUGCCUCUCAUCCCACCAGCAUCGGCCCCUGUCGGCCCAGAGAGGUGAAAUUCAGAAGGCUUCAAGUUCCUCGGGACCUCCAGAAAAAUCUGUUGAGUGCCCUGCAAGAAAUUCCCACGAAGCUGACACACCACUGGAUGUGAAUAAAACAAGAGCUGAGAUGUCCAACAAAGAGAAAAGAAUGACCAUCAGCAGCUUCAGAUACAAGCUUUGGAACUGGGAGAAAGUUUCAUCUCAGAAGGCUGAUAUGUCCCCAGCUCUGCACCUCACCAACUCUGGGAAUAAAACUCUCCAUCUGGAAGGUCAGAAAACCACAGAGCUUGCUCAGGGAAAACCAGAGAAGAGCCUGGAGGCAACGGGAGUUCAGACUCUUCCUCCGCAGAGCCAUUUGAUGGCCCAGAGAUCACCCAUGGCCUCUGAAGCCUCCCCUUCAUCACUUCCUUGGUAUGGCAGCGAUAGCCCAGAAGAUCUUGGGGCUGAGGGGAGCCCCAGGAGCAGUGCGUGCCAGCCUGUUUAUGAGUGUGAGCUUGGCAGCCUGGUUCCAGAAAAGCCAGAGAGCAGGCAUCACCAGCUUCCCACAGCAAAGCCACUGCCUUCCAUUGAAACCCUGGGCCCGCCUCCCCCGAAGCCUUCAAAGCCCCCACAUGUGAACCUCCAGGCCUUCCACAGGCAGCCAGCUGCUGUCCCCAAGACCCCGAAAGAAGUGACUCUAAAGGAGGGCGCCCUGUCUUCAGAUGGUGUGGAGUUAGAAGAACCACAUAAUUAUGACACAACGAUUUCAUAUCUGAGACACCCUGGCAAUUCCAUUAACCUGAGUGCUGCAGAAGAAAGCACUGAAGCCACUUACGAAAUUGAAAUUGAAGAACUCCAAAAGCCUUGGAGAGCUUUAGUUCAUCCAGAACUGAGACCCAAAGACGAAGAAAACAACAUGAAGGAAAAAGAGCCGUGUGAAUUCGAACCUCAGAAGCCAGGGAAGGACUCACACUCUCACCAUCCUCCCAAGGUAGUCACCUAUGAAGAGACUCUAGAAAAAGCCCAGGGAACUGGAGCCCACGAGGACAGACAGAGUGUGUCAGCUGGAAACCAGGAAGCCGUGACUGACAUUACUCAGAACAGGCUCUUCUCCAGGGACAUGACACUGACUAGGCAGUCCCAAGAGAAGGGAGGGUAUAUGGAGGCUUUGGAGGUGACGAAAGAAGCCCCAAGUCCAACCACCAUUAGGUCAGACUCCUCUUCAGAGAAGACUUACGAUGACGUGGAUUGUUCCAGAGCAGACACACCAAAAAGGGACUUCUCCAGCUCGUUCGCCUCAGACAGCGAAGAAAAUAGUGAGGAAAUUUAUGAAGACAUCUACAAAGCAAAGAACAAUGACCUCAAAACAGAGAAUGGAUUUUCCAUGUCACUGCCUGACCUAGGACCUAGGUCUCAGGAAGUUAUCAUCUAUGAUGAUGUGGACACAAGUGAGAAAGAACUGAAAGAUGAAGAUCAGUCAAAAACCUGGAAGGCCAAGUUUUUUACAACAAAAAGGGGAGUAAAGGGGAAGAAAGGCAGCGAUGGAUCCAAAAGUUUUUCUCCCAGAAAUUUCUUCAGAACUAAGAAGCAAAACUUUAUAAAGAACAGAAUGGAAAAAGAAGAAAAACUUUUCAGAGAAAGAUUUCAGUAUGGGAAAGAGAUCUCAGUCAUUAACAGAGCAGUUGCAUGCUCCAGUAAUUCACGGAAUGGAAUUUUCGAUCUGCCAAUAACUCCCGGAGAACAGCUGGAAGUCAUUGACACCACAGAGCAGAACCUGGUGAUAUGUCGCAAUUCCAAAGGCAAAUAUGGAUAUGUGCUCAUUGACCAUCUACAUUUCAAGCACCAGGGCUGAUCCCAUUAGAAAGAGCUGCAUAAAGUCAGGAUGUAUCCAAGGCGUGAGGUCAGGCUCACAGCACUUUCAGCUCCUGCCUCAACAUGAGAUGGGUGGUGGAAACUUCUGUCGGGAACUCAGAAGAAAACCCUCAACAAGUCAACGCUGGUUGGUUUUACUCCAUGAAAGUGUCUCUUUCAAUGUCUCUUUCACCGCUGGUUCAAAAGAAUGUGAAACAGUCCGUUAGUAUGCAAGCAUUUGCCAAAUUAGCCACAGCCCAAGUUAGAAACCUUGGCUCCGGCCCCAGGGAGCGGUACAGAUGGUCAAUGAGCUUCUAAUGUUAGUCCACAGUGUAUGGAACUUCUCGGUGUACAUGUACAUUCAUAUCAAGUCAAGGUAGAAAAACGGUGACCAUGACACUUUAAACAAACAAAAACCACCCAAACCAUAAUUAUUGGUUUGUUUUUUAACCAAAGUAAAAAAUAGAAGAUAAGCGCCACUGAGGGAAACAGUUUGAAGGGGGGGGGGGAGUUCCUUUUCUAAAUUCAACCAGAAGUAUUGUGUAGAAGUGUUUUUAAGUAUGUUUUACAAAAAUGUGAAAAUACAUACAUGCUGUAUCAUAUUAAAAUAGGGAAAAUUAUUUGUCUAUGCAGAAAGCAUAUCCAAAUGUAUUUCACUGGCAUGAUAGUAAAAUUUCAGUGUUGUAAAUAACAUUCAAGUUCUGCCUGAUAUGUAUGUUAAUAAAUUUUAUAUAUGCUUGCAGCUAUUAAA